UUACAGUUUGCUGGGGUAUAUAAGAACCUGUCACGGCUACUACUUGUGUCUUGCAAGUACACACUCUCUGAGUCCCUCGUGGAGGAAGAACUUCAGUAAUAUAUCGGAGACUUAGGAGAGUGAGAUGAGAAUUACGUGGGCGUGCUUGUGGAUGGGCGUGUUGGGCGUCUCCACCGCCACUAAUCUGAACAACUUGCCAGGCGAAGCAGCCGCGCAGGACGCCCAACCCUUCCAGCAAGACGCCCAACCCUUCCAGCAGGACGCCCAACCCUUCCAGCAGGACUCCCAACCCUUCCAGCAGGACGCCCAACCCUUCCAGCAGGACGCCCAGCCCUUCCAGCAAGACGUCCAAUCCUUCCAGCAGGACGCCCAACCCUUCCAGCAGGACGCCCAACUGGCCAAGGAUAAUGAAAAAAAUCAGACGGAGGGAGGUGCUGUCAGACCCUCGCCAGGAACCUCCGCCGCUAGGCCCAGAGACUGUGCUGACCAUCUGAUUCGUGGCUCCACCACAAGCGGCAUCUAUGAGGUCUACCCCUUCACAUGCACUUGCAGCCAGCCGGUGAAAGUGUGGUGUGACAUGGAGACAGACGGAGGCGGCUGGACCGUCUUCUUGAACCGCCAGAAGCAAACUACCCAGGAGAACUUUAACAGAACGUGGGCCGAGUACAAAGAGGGCUUUGGUAACCUCAGCGGGGAAUACUAUCUAGGUAACGAAUUCCUGUACAAACUGACGGCGAGACAAGACUUCGCCUUCCGUCUUGACUUGGAAUACCAGACUAGCGGAAAUAAAUACUACACUUACUCGAAUGUCAGAGUUGACAACGAAGCAAGCAGAUACAGGUUGACUUCACAUGGACACUCGUCUGGUACUGUGUCCAGCAACUGUUUCCACUUAGGCUAUUACGGCUUCACUACUUAUGACAAUUAUAACGUCAAUAGCAUUGGGAACUGCUCAUCAGCUAUAGGUGGCGGCUGGUGGUACUAUAGCGGCUGCCUCUACGGUAACCCUACGUCAUCUUACAACCAGGGCCUCAACUACACUUGCUAUUACUCCACUUCAAUUGUCACCAAGCUGCAGGUGAAGAUCAGACCCUCCGUCUGCGACACUGCCUCCAAGACUGUCUACAUCAACUCCAAGAACUGCAACAGCUGUCAGUCGUCUUAUAACUGAUACGAGAGCAGUGUGAAACAUGACCAUGUGAAACGUGACCACAAGCAACGAGCGUGAUGCACAACCAUGAGUGACUUAUGCACGACCAUGUGUGUAACGCACGACCACGAGUCAUUGAUGUCAGCUAGGCCUGUAUACCUUGUUCAUGUAUUUGUUUACCUUGUUCAUGUAUUUGUUUACCUUGUUCAUGUAUUUGUUUACCUUGUUCAUAUAUUUGUUUACCUUGUUCAUGUAUUUGUUUACCUUGUUCAUAUAUUUGUUUACCUUGUUCAUGUAUUUGUUUACCUUGUACAUGUACUUGUAUAUAUUGAACAUAAUAAUGUAACGCAUGACCACAAGUGUGACGCACGACCACGAGUGACAGUUAUGAAGCACAAACUGCAGUACCACUACAUCUUUCUCUCCUGGGAAGAAGUGUGGAAUAUCUUUCCAUUUUAACUCACAACUGGUAAAUGAACACGAAAUAACUGUUCGAGUAUGAACCAAAGAUUUGUUCCAGUUUCAGCACGUGAAAGAACAAAUCAGAAGAAGGAACACGAUCCAUUAGGUCCCACAACACCUGGACAACCCGGCUGAGAGAGAACAGUUUCUCUCACUGUCAGUUUUACUUUCAAUAAUUAUAAAUCAAGGUUACUGCAGCUGUUGUAUUGAAGCCAACCUAUUUGUUUUACUGAAUAUAUUGUAUUUGCAGCAUCCUACUUGGUUUUUAAUUCCCCCCUCAUUCUUUUAAGUUAGAAUGAACACGAGUAUGCAGAGGUCAUAACAACUCUGCGGUAAUCAUAAUAGUAGUUACAUGAGAAUCCAAAAAUUCCGAGAAUCUGCACUAACAAGAAGGUAUUUAUUGCCAACAGAAAGAGCAUAAUAGAUAUGUAAUCUAGACCGCUGUUUUCUUGUCCAUAGCUAUUACAACCCAGGGACAAUAAGGCCUGUUAUCCUGGGUGUAAAGGGGAGCAAGGAGCAGAACAAACACAGUUGAAUGACUUUGAAAUAUAUUUUCCCUCACCAAGAGUAAUGUGGAUAUUUACAGAUAUGUACACUAUAUACAGUUGGAAAAUGUAUGUGUACAACACGGUUUAGGCAAGGACAAGACACAGCCUGGAGACAGAAUGGACAACCGUGCUCAACCAGCUCUAGUAUGGAAAUGACAAGGGUGGACAGGCGGGUUGGUGCCCACAACAUCUCUGCGAUUGCCAGAACCAUCUUCUCAUUGGCUGAACCUUGGUAGUGAUCGAACGAUGGGGCCCCAUCGUUCGACCCUAGUACUGGUUCGCUGGUUGGGAGAUAGCCUUUCAAUGAGGGUGUGUACAUGCGCCAAUUAAAAGUUUCGUACUCUUUGCAUGCAACAAUAGCCAAGACAGUACUGAAGGUUGU